AGCAACCAUGAGGUCUCUGGUCUUCGUUCUGCUCAUCGGAGCUGCUUUUGCGACGGAGGACGACAAGAUCGUCGGAGGGCAUGAGUGCGAGCCCAACUCCCAGCCCCAUCAGGUGUCUCUGAACGUUGGCUACCACUUCUGUGGGGGCUCCCUGGUCAGCCAGGACUGGGUCGUGUCUGCUGCUCACUGCUACCAAUCUCGCAUUGAGGUGCGUCUUGGAGAGCACAACAUCAAGGUCAACGAGGGAAAUGAGCAGUUCAUCAGUUCGUCUCGUGUUAUCCGCCACCCCAAGUACAACUCCUACACCAUCGACAAUGACAUCAUGCUGAUCAAGCUGAGCAAGCCCGCCACCCUCACCAAGUCUGUGCAGCCUGUGGCUCUUCCAACCGCCUGUGCCCCCGCUGGCACCAUGUGCAAAGUCUCUGGCUGGGGCAACACCAUGAGCUCCACUGCUGACAAGAACAAGCUGCAGUGCCUGAACAUCCCCAUCCUGUCUUCUGCCGAUUGUAACAAUUCCUACCCUGGCAUGAUCACUGAUUCCAUGUUCUGUGCUGGAUACCUGGAGGGAGGCAAGGACUCUUGCCAGGGUGACUCUGGUGGCCCCGUCGUUUGCAACGGAGAGCUGCAGGGUGUUGUGUCCUGGGGCUAUGGAUGUGCUCAGAAGAACAACCCUGGUGUCUACGCAAAGGUCUGCAUCUUCAGUGACUGGCUGGAGAGCACCAUGGCCAGCUAUUAAGUGAUCCAAACAACAAGUCCAGUCAAGCAGCUUAACAACAAUUGCUUUUUGUGUUCCAUCUUUGGUACUGGACAAUGUGACAAAUAAACCAUUUAAAGCACA